AAUGCGUCAAUUCAAUAAUAACAAACAAAAAAAAACAUUAAAAUUAACAAAAAAGAACUCAUUAAAACAAUAACAGAACCACUAAAAUUAUAAAAUUAGAUCGAAAAUAUCAAUAAAUCAUUCAUAAAAGGCGUUUAACGAUCGGAAAUUAGAGGUUUUCGUUCCAAGGUUCCCGCUUAAACAACAAUGACGCCCAAAAGUAGCCGCAAUUCGCGUUUAAUCGGUUGUAAAAAAAAUUAAAGAGGGCGCGGGGUCGUAUUGUCUUAUAAAAGGUGUUGCAAAAAUUGUUUUGGGACCAGUUCCCGGUCGAUUUCGACGAAAAUAAUGUCAUACAUGUUAAGCGAGAUCAUGGGCGGUGAAAUCGACGAUAAUAACAGUGAUUUGAGUGACCCACGAUUUUUAACGAAAGGCGCUUUCUUAUUAACGCCAUCUCACGAUUUGAGCUUGGAUAAGGCCGCGAAUAUCUGCGACAAAUUGAAUUUUAAGGGCAGUUUUAGUUUGACGAAAACAGCGACCGGGAUUUUGUUCAAAUUUAGCGAGCCUGAAGAUUACCAGCAGGUUUUUCGGAAAGGUUUUCACAAGUUUUCCAUUUUGGUUCAACAGGUAACCGGGGGUCGUUUGUAUCGAAAAGUUGCGAUUCCAUGUCGACCUCAAAAAACUUUUUCGUUACUCGUCAAUGAGGUUCCUUUGGAUAUUCCCGAAGAUGAUAUUCGAGCGAGUUUAUAUCGAUAUACAUCCGUGGUGGAAGUAACUCGGGUUCCACCGAAGAUGGAUCAAUUACCCGGAAGUCCAAAUCCGAUUCGAAUCACUUUAGCCUCCUUAGAUGAAUACAAUAAUUUGCUACAACAAGGAUUGGAUUUCUAUGGCGCCACCUAUUUCCCAACGGAACCCCACAAAAAAGACAGUUUAAAAGGAAGUAGGGAGGUUAUGCCGGUUUUUGACGCUUCCGGCUUUACGAGAAUACCCCCACCAGCGAGUAGAUUGUUAAAACCGAGACAACAAUAAAAAAAUUAUUAAACAAAAAAUAACCAAGAAAUUAAACGAUAACAAAAAA